AUGUAUCUCCGGAAAUAAAUGUGUGGCAUCUAAUGCGUCUGUGCUCUGGUUUAUUGGAAGCGUGCUUCUUGUUGCGUUCUCACUGUUUUACAUUUUGCACAUGAAAACAGUAGUUGCCCCGACCGUGAAAAAAGUGGUGAGACACGAUCCGAUUAAAAUGCAAAACUGUGUCGACUUCCAUUCCCAGUUGACUUCCAUCAUGGACAUAUUAACAAAAGCUGCCGUGGCAGAAAUUAUCAAAGUUGUCGAGGACAACUGCUGUGUUUUACGCUUGGAAAUUAACCGGAGUCAGAAUGAAAAUGAACGGCUGAAGAGGAAGAUACAAUGGAUGGAAAGCGAGUUACGGGGGAGUUACUGUGCUAAUGUUUAUGACGGAUUACUGGGAACAAAAAACGACACUGUGUCUAGUCAUGACGCUGAAAUACUGCCUCCCGUUGACCACCCCCAGCGUGAGACAGACUGUGACAUGGAGCCUGUUGCUUCAGAAGCUCCGGAGGGCCAGGCGGUGAGCCCUACAACGGAUGCCGGAAAACUCCCUGUGCAACAGAGCCCUUUUCUCAGCAGUCAGGAAACCCUGGAGUGUGUAGUGAAACCUGAACAGGAAGAAGAGCAGAGUCCAAAGGGAUCCAGAAAUGAUGAAGGAAACCGAACAGACGAGGGAUGCAGCCUUCUCUGGACGUCCUUGACACAAGACUACAGUGACACAGGCAGUGAAUAUCCAGAUUGCUCCCAAAUUGCACCUGUUACUGUAGGGUGCUCGCAUGGGGUGUCAUUUCAGACAGCAUCACCGCCUGCUUCUACGCAAGUCGAAGAUGCUUGUGAGACACAGUCACUGCUGAAUAAUACCUGGGACUUCAUGCCCAAUACAGUCCCCAUUAAACAGGAGGCUGAAAUACACUCAGUAGCCAGUGAUAAGGUCAGAUCAGAUAAACCUCACUCACAGCAAGAGCAGUAUGGACAGAAACUACUGCCGUCUGGAAAAAACGAGCAUUUGACAAUAAAGCUCAAGCAACAGGUACAUAAACCAAAAGGUAAACAGUUAAAAGUCGACAGAAGCCCAGGAAGGACAAACUUAUGCGGAGAAGACAAAGACAGAUGUACCCAGAACAAUGACAACUCUGCCAGGAAGAUAAAGACGCAAACAACUAGCUCUGGAAAAAAGUGGUUCAUCUGUGCACACUGUGGGAAGAGUUUUGCUUAUUUUAGCUGCUAUAAAAUUCACCUGCGAAGUCACACUGGGGAGAAGCCAUACAGCUGUGUCGAGUGCGGAAAGAGUUUCACCCAGCAAAGCAAUCUCACAAAACAUGAGAGUGUCCACAGUGGGAAAAAGCCAUUUAGUUGUACACAGUGUGGGAAGAGUUUCAGGCAUCGGUAUAAUCUAACUCUCCACCAAAGAGUUCAUUCGGGUGAGAAGCCAUUCCAGUGCAUGCAGUGCGGAAAGAGUUUUGCUCAGUCUUGUCACUUUAAACGGCACCAACUAUGUCACGAGGGUCAAAAAUCCUAUAAGUUAGUCACCUGAAAUUGAGGUUAAUUUUUGACAUAUUUAUAAAUGAGCUUUUUUUAAAUUAAAAGAUUUUAUGAGUUACCCUGUGUUGCCAUAACACCUCACACAGCAAAUUCACAUAAGUGAAGAAUUUUGCAUUUUUGGAAUGAUAACUCAUGGAGGAUCAUUUUUUCAUACUUAACAUUCUUUCAGAUUUGUCAGAAAUAUAUGCAAAAUUGAACCAAGUUGUAAUGAGGUAACUUCUCAUGUUAGAAAAAAUGCUGGGUAACAAUGGAACAGUUUAAAAGACUUGGGGGGGGCAAUAUUUGUAUCUACAUAGUAUUUAAACAGGAGAAAAAUUUCAGAAAAGUGGUGUAUAGGGGAGUCUGAUGGUGAAAGGUUCUGUGGAACAAGCACGGAACCUGCAUUUGCAUUUUGUGUUAUGAACCAUGACACACAACUAUUGUCGAAUUUUUAUUUUAAAUAUUUACAUAUUCAUCCACAAUGCAUAUUCUGCUCGGGGUAGAGGUGGAGUCUGGAGUCUAUCUCAGAUGGCACUAGGCUGGAGAACAUCCUGUACAGGAUGAUAUUUAUAUGUAUAUCCUGUUAAUUGUUGGCUUGCAAGACAGUUAAAAGGAAAAUGGGAAUGUAUGAUUCUGAUUGUGUUUAAUAGUAAAUGUGUGCAGAUGAAGUUAUGUUCCAUUAAAAAUGUGUAAUGCA